UUUUUGGAGGGAAGAGGAGAGGACAACGAAAUAUCAAGACUACAGUAGUGUAUAAAAUUAUUUUUGCCAUGACGAAGCCCGCUCGCAUUUGGAUUAUUGUCUCCCUCUUUUUGAAACUGAUUGACUUAAGUUAUGGAGACUUUCUGCUUGUUGACGUCAACACGACAUCUCCGGUUGCAGAAAUCGAAACAACUUUCCUUUCAAUUGCGCUCGACUCAGACAUGAUUGCAAAAGACUUGAGGCCAAUACCUUUUGACUCACCAAAGUUCUUAGCUUUGUGCGAAGGUCUCUCAAGCAUAAAUGUGAACAGACCAAUGGUGUAUUUACGAAUAGGUGGCUCAAAAGGGGAUGAUGUUGUUUUCAGCGAAACGGGACUCGAUAUCGAUUCAGAAAAGUAUAUUUUGAACAGUACUGAAUGGGAUAUGAUCAAUGAUUUUGCAAAGAAAAUGCAAUGGAAAAUGAUUUUUGGUGUUAAUUCUUUGGAGAGGAAGCAUGAUGGAUCCUGGGAUCCAACAAAUUUUAUCAAACUUCUGCGAUACACUACUUCCAAGGGAUAUGUUGUCAAUUACGAGUUAGGAAAUGAACCUGAUCUCUAUCUUGGACAUCGUGACAUUUGGAUCAAACCAGAGCAAUUGGCAAGAGAUUUUGGAAUGUUAAAAGCCAUAGUCAUUGAAGAAGGUCACAACAUUCCAAUGAUAUUUGGGCCUGAUGUUGCAACCUUGAAUAGAGAUGGAUAUUUUCAAAAGUUCUUGGAAAAUAUUGACAAUGAUAUUCUUGAUGCUGUCACAUUCCAUUUUUACUACGGUGCCAGUGAAAAUGCAACAUUGCAAGAUUUUAUAGACCCAUUAUACUUGGACAAGUUUCUAGAUUAUACUAAUUCUGCCAAAAAGAUGAUUAAGAAAGGAGCUACAAAGGAUACACCCAUCUGGAUUGGUGAAACAGCGAGCACAUAUGGAGGUGGAGCAGAAGCGUUAUCAGAUAGAUAUGCUGCUGGAUUUCUUUGGCUUGACAAACUUGGCCUAGCUGCUAGACUUAACAUCACCAUGGUAAUAAGACAAACACUCCUUGGGGGCAAAUAUGCACUGAUUAGUAAGAAUCUGUUUCCCUCUCCGGACUACUGGUUGUCUGUUCUGUACAAGCAACUCGUUGGUCAUCGUGUUUUGGAUGUAACUGGCUCUCUGGAGAAGUCAAGGAAAUUCAGAAUAUAUUCUCAUUGUGUUAACGAAUUUGGCAGCCAUAAAUAUUUUCAAGGUUCGGUUGUAAUCAUUGCAAUCAAUCUGGACCCUAGAGAAGACAUGACCUUCAAUCUUUCUGGCUCUUUAUCAAAUCUUGCUGCGGAUGAGUUUGUUUUCGAGCCGAUCGGUGACGCCACAGCCAGGCAAGUCAUGCUAAAUGGCCAUCUUCUUGAGCUCGUUGACGAUGUAGCACUUCCAGAUUUUUCACCAAAGCCUACAUCGCCACCAUUUGUGAUGCCACCUCUAAGGUAUGGUUUUUUUGUGAUAAAAAAUGCAAAAAUUGGGGCGUGCAUGUGGCGCUAAAAUUAGGAUGCUGCACGUGAUCACCAUCGAGUGAUAUCAAGGGAAUAAUAUGCAAUGUCAUGAAUCUGGUGAUAAAGUUUAACCGUUGAAUGUAAGUUUUUUAAUUAUGCAAAUGUCAAAAUUUCAUUGUCAGUGUGGAAUUGUCGUGUUUUCGAAAAAAAAUUGUUGACUUAAAUUAAAACUUUAAACAUUUCACUUGGCGUUCGUUUUAAAAUUAAAUAAUAUUAUUAUAAUAAUAAAUAAUAUUAAAACAUUUUUAUCAUCGAAUAAAAUGUCUGUAAAUUUUUCUCAAUAAGGGGGGCGGGGCUAGCAUUUUCCUCCAUUAGAUCUUUGAAAAUUGCCCAGCAUUCAAAUACCGGAUCACAGAAAAGAGGUUCCUGUGGCAAGAUAAAUUUUAUUGCAUCUUAUUGUAUCUCAUUCCAUUGUAUUGUAUUGUAUUGUAUUGCAUUGCAUUGAAUUGUACAGUAUUGUAGAUUAUUUAAUGUUAGUUUUUAAAAUUGUGAAAACACGCUAAUUAAGACUAACAUAAAGCUAUUUCAAGGAUAGCAUAAGACAGAUUAUUUACUGCAAAACGAGCACGUGCAUUUGUUUUCAAGGAACCAAGUUUUGAUCAAAUUCUUGAAUUACUGGUAUUUUGUGCUGUUGUCUUUAUUGAUUCUGGGAGUGAAUUCCAGAUUUUGGCCCUUGGAAACUUAAUGAUCUUAUACCAUUAUUGGUAGUUCUGGCUUAUAAAUGUAUCUUAUGUCUGUCUAAGUUCAGUUACCUAGUGUUUUAUUUGUGUUGUAAUUGAAUUAUCGUUGUAAGUGAUAAAAAUCACAAAAUAG